UUCCUCUUGGAGGACCCGGAUGCAGUUCAGUCGCCUGUUCUCUGUGUUGUGUUGAUUUCUAGAAAGAGGAGGAAAAGAAGACUUGACGUUGGGAUUAACCUAAGCAGCCUUUUCAGUGCUAUUGUGUCUGUUUCUGCCCUUUAAUCAAAAGCCAAAGGAAUUGGUGGCAACGUCUGAGUCAGUCAAUGGGAAAAAUCUAACAAUGUUCAGCUUUGAGGGAGAUUUCAAGACAAGACCCAAGGUAUCUCUUGGAGGAGCAAGCAAAAAAGAGGAGAAAGCAUCUCUUUUGCAUCGCACUCAAGAGGAAAGACGAAAAAGAGAGGAUGAAAGAAAACGACUGAAGAAUGCUAUUAUCAUUCAGUCCUACAUACGUGGUUACCAGGACUUGAAACACCAGUAUGCCAUUCAGAGGGCUAAGUUUGACGAGUGUGUCAGUAAGACACAGGCAGGAGGAGCUCAGCAUGUCUUGGAUGGUGCUGGUCUCUGCCUCUUAUCAAGACAACUCAUAUUUUUCUACAGACAGAGUGUGGAUGCACAUAGAUUGAUAUGGUUGUGCCAGAACCUGGUGAAACACAACAGUCAGUUUGUGAAGCUGUUGGUGGGUCCGCAGAAGCAGACAUGUAUGUUUCAGAUCAAGAGGAUCUUAGGCUUCUGCUGCAGACUCCUGCAAAACUGCAUGGAUGACAGUUUAAAUGUGGCAGUUCCCAUGCGCAUGCUAGAAGUCUUUUCUUCAGAGAGAACCUAUCUUCCUGUUAUUCCAGAUGCUAACUAUGUAGCUUCAUUACUCGAGCAGAUUUUGCACUAUAUGGUACAGAAAGGAUACUACAGGUCGCUGUAUAUUCUCGUAAAUCACAGGCUCCCUUCCAGUCUGGAGUACAAUGAUGCUCCUUCUAUCCCUCUGGCAAGCACACUGUUGGAGCACAUCCUCAAACCUCUGCACUUUACCUACUCCUCCUGCACAACAGGCGCAAGGCAGUUUGUAUUUGCGGCUUUUACCGAGGAGUUCAUCUCUGCACCGUUUACUGAGCAGAUCUUUCACUUCUUUAUCCCGGCACUGUCGGAUUUCCGUCACUCAUUCCCAUUCGAGGCCUUCCUGAGCUCCCUUAAGGCCACGAUUGACUCUUCCUCAGCAGCACAGAGCCAGGCACCGUGGCUGUUUUAUUUCGUCCUCUCUGCAGGGGAAAACUGCUUAGGCUCACUAUCAGAGGAGGGUCUCCUGCUGUAUCUCCGGGCUCUGCAGACGCUGCUGCCACUGCUGCCAGUGUCAGAAAGCAGCAGCAGGCCAGAAGUGACCAGCGACUCAGAAGAUGAUGAUGAUGCUGGCAUCCACCCGUUACCCAUGCAGGAUGACAGCCGGAUUUCUGUGCAGCUGAUAACGGAGGAGUGUGUCCACAAGCUGGACACCAAGCAGCAGACCAACGCCCUGCUGAACCUGGUGUGGCGGGAUUCAGCCAGUGAGGAGGUUUUCACCAUGAUGGCAUCCAUCUGUCACACGCUCAUGGUGCAGCAUCGCCUCAUGGUGCCGAAAGUCAGACUUUUGUACAGUUUAGCUUUCAAUGCACGCUUCCUGAGGCAUCUCUGGCACCUGAUAACUUCCAUGACAACUAAAAUGAUCACUGGCUCUAUGGUGCCGCUGCUACAGCUGAUCUCACGAGGGUCUCCCAUGUCAUUUGAGGACUCCAACCGCAUCAUUCCCCUCUUCUAUCUCUUCAGCUCUCUCUUCAGCCACUCUCUUAUCUCCGUGCAUGACAGCGAGUUUUUUGGGCAUGAAAUGGAAGGUCAGACACAGUCGUCCAUGAUGCCCUUCACGCUGUCAGAGCUGGUGACUUUGUCUCGCUGUCUGAGAGAUGCGUGUCUGGGCAUCAUCAAGCUGGCCUACCCGGAGACCAAAACAGAGCACAGAGAGGAGUACAUGGCUGCCUUCCGUAGUGUGGGCGUCAAGACGAACACCGAGGUUCAGCAGCGUAUCCAGGCCGAGCAGAAGCGCUGGGUACAGCUCUUCAAGGUCAUCACUAACUUGGUGAAGAUGGUGAAAGCUCGUGACAUCAGGCGACCCUUCUGUCCAGCAGGUCACUGGCUCUCUGAGGAAGUCAACAUCAGAGCUGAUAAGGUCACCCAGCUGUAUGUCCCAUCUGCAAGACAUGUGUGGAGAGCACGAAGGAUGGGCCGCAUUGGGCCGCUUCAGUCAACACUUGACGUUGGGUCAGAGCCUCCACAGCUGUCUGUGUCCGAAGAGAGACAUCUGGCCAUCCUCACAGAGCUGCCGUUUGUGGUUCCCUUUGAGGAGCGAGUGAAGAUCUUCCAGAGGUUAAUCUAUGCUGACAAACGGGACGUGCAGGGGGACGGGCCAUUCCCUGAUGGCAUCAAUGUCACCAUCAGACGCAACUACAUCUAUGAAGACGCCUACGAUAAACUCUCUCCAGAAAACGAACCCGACCUAAAGAAAAGGAUCCGAGUCCAUUUGCUGAAUGCUCAUGGUCUAGAUGAGGCGGGCAUUGAUGGUGGUGGCAUCUUUCGGGAGUUCCUCAACGAACUCCUCAAGUCUGGGUUUAACCCCAACCAGGGUUUCUUCAAGACAACCAAUGAAGGCCUGCUAUAUCCCAGCCCUGCUGCAGAGAUGCUGGUGGGAGACUCCUUCACAAGACACUACUACUUCCUUGGCAGGAUCCUCGGAAAGGCGCUGUAUGAGAACAUGCUGGUAGAGUUGCCCUUUGCCAGUUUCUUCCUGUCCAAACUUCUGGGAACCAGUGCAGACGUGGACAUCCACCACCUGGCCUCGCUGGACCCAGAGAUGUAUCGGAACCUUCUCUUCCUCAAGAGCUACGAGGGCGAUGUGGAGGAGCUGGGCCUUAACUUCACUGUGGUCAACAACGAUCUGGGAGAAGCUCAGGUGGUCGAACUGAAGCCGGGGGGCAAAGACAUUCCCGUGACCACAGCAAACCGGAUAGCCUACAUCCAUUUGGUGGCCGACUACAGACUGAACAAGCAGAUCAGGCCUCAUUGUCUGGCCUUCAGACAGGGUCUGGCCAAUGUGGUCAACCUCGAGUGGCUGCGUAUGUUUGAUCAGCAGGAGAUCCAGGUGCUGAUAUCUGGGGCGCAUGUGCCAAUUUGUCUUGAUGACUUAAAAAACUUCACAAACUACUCAGGUGGGUACUCAGCCACUCACCCUGUCAUCCAGACCUUCUGGGAGGUGGUCGAAGGCUUUACAGAUGAAGAAAAGCGCAAGCUGCUGAAAUUUGUCACCAGCUGCUCCAGGCCGCCUCUGCUGGGCUUCAAGGAGCUUUAUCCGGCCUUCUGCAUUCACAACGGUGGCUCUGACCUGGAGCGCCUGCCCACCGCCAGCACCUGCAUGAACCUGCUCAAGCUCCCCGAGUUCUGCGACCAGCACCUGAUGAGGAACAAGCUGCUGUACGCCAUCGAGUCCUCUGCCGGGUUCGAGCUGAGCUGAGCAGGGCCACGGCUUCUCUGUCUCUGCAUCCACGGACUCGACGUCACAGAAACGGCUUCGGAGUAAAAAGACUUUUAAAAAAGUAGAGGAGGAAAAACAAAAUGAUGCACUGACCUGCCUGAUUUACUGUGUGUUUCUGUGUGUGUGUGUGUGUGUGUGUGUGUGUGUGUGUGUGUGUGUGUGUGUGCGUGCGUGUGUGUGUGUGCGUGUGCCAAGCUGAAGGUGAAUAAAGCCUCGCCCAUAGACUUGAGAAAGGGGCGCAAGGAUGAAGUGGGGUAGGAAGCCUUUUUUUUAUGUUACUUUUAAGUAAUUUAAAUAUUUAGUCACUUGUCAGAACAUUUCAGAAGAUGCAAGUGAAUUUUGCAGGAAGUAUAAUGCGCUGAAACGAAAACAAGAGCAGCGUCUGCUCUCUUGCGUAGUCUAACAUGAAUGGACAGUUAUUUUUCACCAAAGAUUAAGUGGCAUCAUUUAGAUAAAAAGGCAAUAUAACAACAGGGGGACAGACUGUGGACUCUAAAGCCACCUUGUGGUGUGCCAAGGGCUGCGGAUGCGGAGGAGCUUUUGUGUACAGCUAUCAUGUAUUUUCAUGUAGAGGUCAUUGAAACUCCAGUUUUUUUUGUGAUAUCUCAAAUUAUUAUUAUUACUAGUAUUAACUGUCAUGUCUGAUAACCAUACUGUAAGUGUGCACACGCCAUCUGAAGUGUAGAAAUUACCUUUAUUGCUGAACUAAACUGGGGCAAAGGAUUAUAAGAUUAUGGUUUUGUGAAUAUGUAUAUGUUUACAACCGCUCUUGUAUUCUCUGUAUUUGUACAGGUUUGUUUUUCUUUCCUUUGUGUGACGAAUGGAGGCUUUUUGUUUUCACACAUGCCUUCCAAGGUGAACAAUCUCUUCCCUGAUCAGCACCUGAAAGUUUGCUCUUAGGAAGCAGCAACCAUGUCAUGUUGUUGAGGCCUACAGAUGAUCAGUGUACCAACAGGGUGAAAAAAAACAAGAUUGUAUGGAAAUGAAUAAAGCCACUUUUCUUUUUGCAGUUUC